CUCAUCUCUUCCACUUCCUCGCUGCAUACUAUCGUCGUUCUUUUCUCUCUCCCUCGGGAGUUCCACCGUGUGGCUUUCUCUCUUUAAUUACGUUCUCUGAUUUGUCAUUCUUUGCGCGGCCUGGAAGCUCGUUGUCCUUCUUUCAGUCGACUGGCUCGACGAGCGACCUCCGAUAUACUGCCAGAUAGUCCCUCUGGAAGUGUCCAUUCUUUUAUGCUCACAUUCUUUCUGACGCCCUGGUGUUCCUUUGCCUAGAACGCGGUUUCUGGAUGUUCUAAAAAAGACGAGAAGAGAAUCGGAACUACAGAAACUCAGCAAUCCCUUCAUUCUUCACGAGGAUUUCCAGUCCCUGUUAACUUAACAAUCAGCUUAUGUUAAUUGGUCUUUGUCGCCUAGCCUGACUACACUGGUCUUGAGUCGUCGACAGUCACCAUGGGCCACCAUAGACAUUCGCACCGAGACCACGGAAAGCGCGAUGGAGGUAUGCAUGUGGUGUAUGUGACAAUGCCGGCCGAUUUCGAAGGCGAGAUUGGAGGAUACCAGACGGAAGUCCAAUCGACCACGACGCAACGGCUGAUGGGCGUUGGACCGGCUGUUCAGGCUACCCGGACCUCGUCUUCAGAACAAACGACGCAGACGGAAGAGGCAAAGACGGAAGUUACCCAACAGGAGACGCAUACGACCAACAAGCAGACCACGAAGACCGAACUGACUGCUACUCAGACCUUGGCCACCAAUACAGGCAAUGCGCAGACGCAGACGACUCUUUCAACUGCUACUUCGGAGGGUGCGAAGACGGCUGCUACAAAUGUUAAUAAUAACAACCAAAUUGCAGCUGCGACUGCUGGCUCUUCAUCUUCCCAGCAAUCAUCUGCUUCACCAUCCACGUCUGCAGAACCUAACUCUGGCGCUAUUUCUGGUGGUGCAAAGGCAGGAAUCGCAAUUGGUGUUAUUGCCGCGGUUGGCUUGAUCGCAGGGUUGAUAUUCCUGUUCAUGCGCAAGAAGAAGACCGAGCAAUUACGGGAAGCUGAGGAUGAAAAGGUGUUUGGCAACCACGGUGCAUUCCCGCCACUUUCCCGACGGACGCCAGAAGCAGAACAGCCCCGGACCCCAGCUGAACCUCCCCAACUGGAAGUCCGACCCAUCACCCAGUUUGCUCCGUUUGGUGGGCACAGUGACGUUUUGACAGCCGUGGCCGCUGCUGGUACUGCCGCAGGGACCAAUGCCGUUGUUUCGCAUGGUAGCCAGUCGCCUCCUCACACGCCGCUUACAAGUACUACUACUGGGCCCAGAGACCCAUUUGGCGAUCCAGUGAAUCCCUUCCAGAUCCGCAAUGAGCCUUCAUCUCCAGACGGUACAGCAAGUUUGCACAGUCUGUCCGUCAAAUCGAUACCCGAAGCGCCCGAAACUGUACCUGAUGCCACCGAGGCUCCUGGUCCUGCUUUUGCUACCGCUGCUGGAGGAGCUGUCGCCGCUGCUGGUGUUGCUGCCGCCUCUGAUAGUAAGAGCGAAAAGGAAUUGCCCACUCCGCCAAUGGCUGAAAAUGCCAAAAGAUCAGCGCAGCCCGCCCGAGACAAUGUGUCCGCGAAUGCUGGUCGAUCUCUCACGCCUCCUGAAGCCAAUCCUUCGUCGAAUGCGUCCGCUGUAGCUCCUGUUGUUGCGCCCGCCAAUGCCACUGGUCCCGCUGCCGCCGCUUCUGGUCCCGGUCCUGGUCCAUUGAAUGUCCAUCGUGUGCAAAUGGAGUUCAGUCCUUCGAUGGAUGAUGAAUUGGGGCUCCGCGUUGGUCAACUGGUUCGAUUGCUCCAUGAAUAUGACGACGGCUGGGCUCUUUGCGUUCGACUCGAUCGUUCUCAGCAGGGAGUGGCUCCUCGAUCCUGUCUCUCUGCUCAUCCAGUCAAGCCUCGUCCUCGCCCCCCUCCUGGUGGUCCUCCCGGUCCUCGCGGUCCUCCAGUUAUGGGUCCCAACGGCCGUGCCAUGCCUAGCCAGUCUCCCCGGUUUUAUCCUAAAGAUGGUCGACCAGGGUCGCCUGCGCGCCCCAUGUCUCCCGCUCGUUCUAUGUCCCCGGCACACCCUCCUCCUGCUGGACCUCCUCCGCCACUUCCAUAUCCGCAGCGCCCCAUGUCGCCAGGACAGUUUUCGGCUCCACGACCGAUGCCGCAGAGAUCCAUGAGCCCAGGACCAUACGGACCUCCGGGUCUUCAGCGCCCCCAAAUGCCUGUCAACCAACGACAGCGAAGCAAUAGUGCUAGCAAUGCGGUUGGACCAAGCCUACGAUCGGGCGCGGAGCCGAGUCCCCUGUCAGCCCCAUUGACUACCUCUUCGUCGGGAACUCAGAAUGUCCUUUAAUGCAAGGAUCCACACAAGUCCAUUCCUGAAAAUCCACAACUACGUCCAUAAUGACAAUCGUUAUACCCGUUCGCUCAUUGCCAGCGAUGUAAUUUUUUCUUUUUUUUCACUUCAUUUCUUGUCUGAUGGGACGAUUGAUGCUUAAUACCGCUGGGCGGAACAUGUCUUAUGGCCAUUCCAAGCGUGUAACGAGUGUUCACUGCUGUCUUCCAUCCUUUUCACUUAUGUUUUUCUAUUUGCGAUGCUUUAUUAACUUUCGCUUGUAUGUUGCGCUUCAUGAUGAGGCGAACUUAUUGCUCUGUGAAUACCCAUGUUGUGUAAGAUACUAUACAUAUGUUGGUGUCUUUCCCACUAUGUACGCUAUCCCUCAUAUUUGACUGUUCAGCUCCGAAUACAAUUUAUUCACUACAUUGUAGCCCCA